GGUAGAGAAGGAAGGUUCAGGACUGAGGGGAUUCGGGGACAUUCCGCCUGCCUCAUACGGGGCUGCGAGGAGCGGACGAGGGAGAGCUUGGUCUCCCUUGGGGGAAUGCCCGCGCGGAGGGGGUGGCACCGGCCCCAGGGCUCCGGAGGCUGAAGUGUUUGCCCGGCGUUAGCGGACACCUAGGUUCAGGUCGGGAGGCCAGCCUAGGGUGUCCCCCUUUGCCGAGAGGGCGCGCAGGAGGGAGGGAUGGGCAGCCCGGGGCGGGAGUCCAGACCAGUCGGGGUGAAGUGGCAGUGAGGGAGAGUGGUGUUCGGCCGGCCGGUGGGCCACGUGUGGGGAGCACUCCGGGGGUCGGCCCGGGCGGCUGGGUGAUGACGGACUGCGGUGCAGCACCCCCCCUCGGGUCUGACGGCCCCGCUCGGGCCAGGGAACUUUCCAGCUGUGGAAGGUGGGACUGAACGCCAGGCGCCGCCUCGCCACGUGGGUUCAUCCGUUGAGGCGCCUUCCCUGCCGACAUCUGAUCGAGUUCUUAGCCGCUGGUCUUGCGAGGGGUUCUAGACAGAACAGAGCCACAGGCCAGACAGGGUCGGCGUGACGGCACCCGAAAGUUCUGGCCCUCUCGCCUCCUUCGUUCUCAUCAAAGAAAGUUGGAGGGUUAGAUUUUACAGACGACAGAACCUAGCCUAGAACCCAGGGCUUCUGACUCACAGGCCGGAAUUCUUUUCCCAACUGCUCCCUCACGGAUAAAGGAACUGCGGGAAUAUCGUAACAGAGGGAAGCACAGCGACAGAGGAUGUGAGAAGGAAGGUGUUAGACUGUAGAAAUGCCUGGAAACCAUCGUUAUAAACUAUGGUACAAAUUAGGAUAUUCAUCCCCAAGUUCUCUUGCUGAGAUCAUGCCUUUAAGAAAAGGGGUGGUAAUUUUCCCUAUGGUCCCUUAGUGUAUUUUGAAAUAUUUAAUAAUUCACUGGAAGUGUGAAACGGGAGUAUCAAAUGGAGCAUUGCUGGAAGGACAGCUAGUGAUUUCCAUGGAAGCAUUAAAUUCUAAUCACCAGGAAAAUACUCUUCACUGUGUAACAACAAUUGCUUCUGCAGGAAGCACUUAUGGUGGUUUGGUUCUCAAGAAGUUCAUAAAAGAAAUACAAUCUAUACUGCCCGGAUUCUCUGCAAAGCUGAACUGGACUUCAGAAGAAGCCAGCUCUUCUCAGGACAUAUCAGGGGUAACACCCUUCCAGAUGAUUUUUGAGGUUGAUGAAAAGCCCAGAACCUUGAGGACAGAUAGUUUGGUGAUAAAGAACUUUUUACGCAGAAUCAUCAUGGUACACCCUAAGAUUAGAUUUAAUUUCAGUGUAAAGGUGAAUGGAAUCCUUUCCUUGGAAAUCUUUGGGACAAAGAACGAACCCACUUUGAACCUGUCGAAUGGAAUUGCUCUUGUUAUAAACUAUCAACAUUAUGUGAGUAGACCAAAAUUUGGUGCAGCUCAAUUACUCUGCAGUCGAAUCCAUCCUGUGCUAGGACAUCCAGUAAUGCUUUUCAUCCCCGAUGACGUGGCUGGCAUGGGCUCGUUGGGAGAACUGAUACUCACUCCAGCUGCUGCUCUGUGUCCCUGCCCAAAGGUCUUUUCCAACCAGCUGAAUAGAGUUUCUUCAGUUUCCAUAUUUCUAUAUGGACCGUCAGGCCUGCCUCUGAUAUUGCCAAGUCAGAAGCAGCCAACUACUACUGUCUUCGAAGAUACCUCUUUCUUCAUUGACUGGAAGAAAUACCACUUGUGUCUGGUGCCCAAUUUGGAUCUCAGUUUGGAUAGAGAUUUGGUGCUUCCAGAUGUGAGUUAUCAGGUGGAAUCCAGUGAGGGGGAUCAAUCUCAGAAUAUGGACUCCCAGGGACAGACUCUGCUGCUUUUUCUCUUUGUGGAUUUCCACAGCGGAUUUCCGGUCCAGCGAACAGAACUCUGGAGAGCCCAUACUUUGCUCACCGUUCAUCUCAGUGCCAUCCUCAUGGAGAGCCACAGUGUAGUGCAAGAUUCCAUCCAGGUGACUGUGGACCAGGCCUUGGAACAGUAUCACCAGGCUGCCAAGGAUCAUCAGAAAUUGCAGGCCUCACUCUCAGUGGCUGUGAAUUCCAUCAUGAGUAUCGUGACUGGAAGCACCAGCAGUAGCUUCCGAAAGAUCUGCUUCCAGGCCCUUCAAGCAGCUGACACUCAAGAGUUUGGGACUAAACUGCAUAAAUCAUUUCAUGAGAUCACCCAGCACCGAUUUCUUCCCCACUGCUCAUGUGAGGUGAAGCAGCAACUGCUCCCAGAGAAAAAUGCAGAGCAGAGCACAGAAGAUGCACAUGAGAACAGCAGUCCAGAACUCCUUACAGGAACCAGCGAGCAAGUGGAAAACAAGAGGCUCAAGAGGGGCAGCCUCCGGCGGGGCAUGGAAGAGACGCAGGCUUUCCACUCUGCCAGAGCCCCGAGCCAAUUAGAGGCCGCCGCGCGCCGCACAGAGCCUGCAGGGGCCUUCCCGACCCCUAGCGGAAGCAGGGCGAGCCCUGGGGGCGGCCUGGAGGACUCGCUAUGGCUGCAGGAGGUCUCCAAUCUAUCCGAGUGGCUGGAUCCCGGCCCUGAGCCCUAAGCUAGGGUGAUCUCCCCAUGCGCCCACGCCCGCUCGGUAGCUGCCGGGGCAGCGUGCUGUCUGUUGUUCAAUAAACCUGCUCCGCGCGCGCA